AUGGACAGUAGUGUCAAAGUGAUCCCUGACUCGCCGUGGGCUGUUGUGAUGGGAGCAAGUGUAUACGGUCCAGACAAACCAAGCCCCGUAUUACAACAAAGAUUAAAUGCCGCCGUCAAACUCUAUCAGGCUCAAAAGGCUGCUCAGCUUCUGAUGCAAGCCAUUAAGGAUUCAUAUUAUGUCAAGCAACAUCCAUACUUUACCUGA